AUGAAAUUAUUCGGUGUCCUCACAGCAUGGUUCCUGUCAUUCGCCUCUGCUUCUCAGGCACCCGACGACUGUCCUCCAAACAAUUUCACAGUAGGCCAAAUCGUAAAUACUAGCAGCGGAAAUAUCCUAGGUCAUGCUGCACCAAACCAUCCUGAGGUCUCUGAAUAUCUGGGGAUUCCCUUUGGUCAGACUCCUGUUGGAGACCUGAGAUUUGCAGCGCCUGUGAAAUAUGUUGGGUCUUCAAUAAUCAACGCAUCUACAUUCGUAAGUAUAAGAGAAAUUGCUAUACUGCUCCAGCUGAUGAGUCUUGGGGCUUCUCAUGCGUACCUCAACGCAGUUCCCCUCCAUCAGGGACUUCUUUCAAACCAGAGACAAUCGCAGCUUCAAAUAUCACCGCCGUUGGACUUCAAUUCUUCAAUCUCGUCAGUGAUUCACCAGGCGUAGCAUAUGAUGAAGAUUGUCUCUUCUUGAACGUCUGGUCAAAAACUCAAACGGGGGAAAGAAAGAAAGCUGUAAUGGUAUUCAUACAUGGAGGUGGAUUCAACGGUGGGACAUCAUCACUGCCCAUACAAAACGGUGCAGCUCUCACCGCCAAGGAAGAUGUGAUUAUCGUGUCCUUCAAGUAAGUCCAUUUACAUAUUCUCCUAGAAGUCUACUGAAUCUGGAUAGUUACCGCUUGUCCAUUCUUGGGUUUCCUGGAAAUCCCAACACCCAAAACAAUCUCGCCUUACUAGACCAACGUUUUGCGAUGGACUUUGUUCGAGAUAACAUUGAAAACUUUGGAGGAGAUCCGGCAAGAAUCACGUUAUUCGGACAAUCAGCUGGUGCCAUGUCAACAGAUUUCUACUCUUACGCCUGCGCCUCGGAUCCAAUAGCAGCAGGGAUUAUCGCACAAUCCGGGACAGUCCACAGCUUUGGUCUCCCAUAUACCCAAGAAGCCGCUGCCUCAAAUUGGUACGGCACCACUGCUGCUCUCGGUUGUGGCAAUGCUUCUACCAACUCCACCGAAAUCCUAACAUGCAUGCGCAAAGUGGAAGUCGACGCAUUAAUGAAAGCCAUUCCCAACACUGGAUUAAACGCCAUACUCUCCCUCUUCGGACCAACAGCAGACAACACCAUCAUCUUCUCGGACUAUACCCAAAGAACACCAGCCAAUAUCCCCGUCUUGAUAGGCAACACCGACUACGAAGGAGGAUUAUUCCGCACCCAACUAGCUUUAUCAAACACCACAUUCCCAGACUGGGCUUGGGAUGCGUAUAACUUGGCAGGAUAUACCUGUCCAUCCGGCCUGCGCGCAAACCACAGUCUAGCAUCAAAUAAUCCGACCUGGCGAUAACGAUAUCACGGUAUCUUCCCAAAUACCAACAUCAGCUCUGAAGGAGGAGCAUACGAUGGCGCCGAACUACCUGUCCUAUUUGGAACCGCGGAUUCAUUCGGAAAAUCGACGGCGAUCGAGGAGGAAAUUGCGAGUUAUAUCCAAGGAGCAUGGACGACUUUCGCAAAAGAUCCGACGAAGGGGUUGCUAAGUUAUGCAGAUGGAUGGCCAUUGUAUGAUCCUACAAAGGAGACACUGGUUCGUCUUGCGUAUGAGGAUAAAGUUGGUUCUAAUCUUGCUUUCCCCUUGGUUUACGGAGAGUAUGAGGGGUGUUGUGUUGCGAAUUUUACGGCGCUGAUCUAUCAGUUUUUGGGCCCCUUGUUGGGUUCUUGA